AUGGCAGCAUUGGGUUUCGCAAUCGACGCCGCUGGGCUCUUCGCCUCCCUAAGCCUCUCCGGCGCCUUCGACACGCCUUCCCCAGCUGAGGCAAAGACCAAUGUCCAGAUCAUCCUGGGUAGCGGUGAAAACACCCAAACGGCUGGAGGCCCGCGACCUCACGUCGCACUCUGGGACGAUGAUGGCCAUCGCAUCGGCCAGUACACCCCCAACAAGAAGAAGAUCAAGGCGGGCGACCAGACGAACAUUGUGGUCCAACACACCCAAACUGAGCCCAAGGACUCGCAAGCCGACCCCUACUAUGUCAUGCUCUCUCAGAUGGACGAUGACGCCAUCUGCAUUUCGGCUGUACUAGUCUCUAACGGCAAGAUCUCCGGUGCUUUCUACGGCGACACCGGGUACAAGUGCGGCCAAUCUUGGUUCGCAAGCGAGAACCGUAUUGGCUCUGACUUUGAGGCGCCGCGCUGCGUCUGGCUAGACGCUAACCAUGACAGUGGCAUUAACGCCCGCGCCAUCAGCUUCCAUCUCAACGACAUGCAGCCUAACGAAGAUAAGCUGCAGCAGUACUAUGACAACCUUGACACCCUCUGCAGUAGCACACCUCGCUUCUCCUUCUGGGGCAACCUCCUUCCCGACGCCAUCCCGCCUAUGUUCAAGCCCAGACUCAAGUAUAAGAACGGCAACGGCGCCGACGAGGACCUGAGCAAGGUCCUCGACGACCCUGAGCACCCAUGGGACAAGGGCGCAUACAUGGCUCCGCAAAAGGUCAACAAGUUCAAGCGCCGGGACGCCCGUGUUAAGCGUGGCACCAGCAACCACAACACUGCCCAUCUCAUCAUUUCCGACCAGAACACUGACGUCCGCGAGGUCUGCGAGUCCAAGACUUCUUAUGGCUGGGACAUUGUGUCGACUAGGCAGAAGCUCUUCUGUGACAUGGAGCACAAGCAGCUUUAUCCUCUCUGCGACGCUUCUGUUACCACCAAGUGCUUCGAUGUCGACCAGAAGACGCUUGUUGGCGCGCCGGGCCUGAACAUGCGCGAUGAAGAAGUGAUUAAGAUGAGAUUUGGAAGGUCUUAUAACACUACGAAUGUCUGGAAGUCUUAG